UGAGAGCAUCGGCUAGCAGCAUGUUAGAGCACGCCUACCGUAAGCGUAGGGACACGUAUAACAAGCAUGCGUUGCACCAAACUGUCCCGUCCCGUGAACAAGCCGACGAGCAUCCCUCGAAGCUAGAGUUUAUGGCGGCCGCGUCGCCACGCUCGGAGGAGCAGCGAUCGGCGCGAUUCACGGGCGACCGUCCACGUGGUGUGGUUGUUGUUGUGCAUGAUAAGGAGCAUGCGGCAGCCAACUCCUCCUCCCCGCCCUCCUCGUCCCUCUCGUCGCCGUCCCCGUCCUCUUCAUCCACCACGUAUGUCUCUUCUUCUAACAACUAUUAUUCGCACGAUCCUUCGUCUGCUACUUCCUCUGUUAAUCCUACCACCGAUUCUUCUUCCUAUUCUUCUUCUUCUUCUUCUUCUUCUUCUUCUUCGUUUACGGACGAAGAGAGCCAACCGUCCUCCCCGAUUAUCGACGAUUCGAGCACGGGCCACGUUCCACGAACCACCACUGUCGAAAGUGGUAUCCCUGGGGCUUACGAAGUUGCGUUGCCGGAAGUGGGGGUGGACUCGAACGAGUUUCGGGGCGAGGAGGUCGAAUCGAUCGCGAAACGCGGUCGGGCGAAGAGCAAAGAGGAGGAUGAUGGCACGAUUGGAAGGGUGGAGAGCGUAGAAUCGGUAGGGGAGGGAAUUGACGACAGGAUUCUACCAGAGCAUCGUCAACGAUCGUCGAACGUAAGUAGCGAGGAUGCUGUAGUACCCGCGCUAGUAGUAGUUCCCGAGCACGCAGUAGACGCAGCACCUGGACUAGAUUCGUCGAAAUCUUUGGAGAAAGUAAAUGAAAAGAAGGAUGGUGCGAUGGAGAGCGAGCAUAUAUUAGAUGUAGCAUCUCCAGGUUCCUCGAAAUCGUUGGAAAAAAUAAAGGAGAAGGAGGGAGCGAGAGAGAAUGAGCACGUAGUAGACGUAGCACUUCCAGGUUCCUCGAAAUCUUUGAAGGAAAUAAAGAAGGAGGAGGAGAGAGCGAGAGAGAAUGAGCACAUAGUAGAUGUAGCACCGUUAGAUUCGUCGAAAUUUUUGGAAAAAAUAAAGGAGAAGGAGGAGGGAGGGCGAGAAAGUGAGCAUACAGUAGACGUAGCACCGUCAGAUUCGUCGAAAUUUUUGGAAAAAAUAAAGGAGAAGGAGGAGGGAGGGAGAGAAAGUGAGCACACAGUAGACGUAGCACCGUCAGAUUCGUCGAAAUCUUUGGAAGAAGUAAAUAAGAAGGAAGGAGAGAGAGAAAGUGAGCUCGUAGUAGACGUAGCAUCUCUAGGAUCUUCGUCGAAAUUUUUGGAAAAAAUAAAGGAGAAGGACGAGGAAGCGAGAGAGAGCGAGUAUAUAAUAGACACAGCAUCUCCAGGUUCCUCGAAAUCUUUGAAGGAAGUAAAUGAGAAGAAAGAGGAAACGAGGGAGAGCGACCACAUAGUAGACACAACACCACCUGGAUUAAGUUCAUCAAAAUUUUUAAAGGAGGUAAAAAAGGAGGAGGAUGGAGCGAUAGAAAACGUGCACGUAAUAGACGCAGCACCUCCAAGUUCCUCGAAAUCUUUGGAAAAAAUAAAAAAGGAGGAAGAAGCGAGAAAAAGCGACCACGUAAUAGACGCAGCACCUCCAGAUUCCUCGAAAUCUUUGGAAAAAAUAAAGGAAAAGAAAGAAGAAGCGAGGGAGAACGAUCACACAGUACACACAGCACUGUCGAAAUCUUUGGAGAGUGGUAAGAGCGUGGAAAGUGGGGGAAGCGGGAAUUCGAGCGAUUUUUCGGGAGUCGUGAAGGAAACGCGAGAACUGCCCCGGGAUGAGGAUGACAAUGAUUCCUCUCCAGAGUCUUGGCCGAGUCGCGGGAAAAGUUACGAGAGAUCGGAGGAGCUCCUCCAACGGGACUAUCCUUCCCCGAUUUACAAUUACAACGGACAGGACGAGGUCGAAUUCGUGAAAUUGAACCAAACCAUGAAGAACAACGACGACGACGAUAAUAAUAAUAAUAACAACGAUGACGACGAUCGAGGCUCGUUCGGGGACGACGAGGUGAAGACGAACGACGUGCCCCGCCGUGCUUCGAUCGGUGAUCUCCGUGUGAUCACCAGGGAGGAGAGCGACGAGGAGUUUCUGCGCGAAUUCGAGAGGAAAUUCCGCGAGGAGGCUGAAAUUCCCUCCGCGGACAAAGGACGCGAGGGCGGAAGAGACGACGCUUCCGUCGAGUCAAACUCCGCCGAAUCUCGGCCCCCGACUCACCAAGUGAAAAUCAUCGAGGUACCGGUCGACAGACCGCCAUUAUCCUCAACCUCCUCCUCCUCCUCCUCCUCGUCGUCGCAUCGAGUGCUCGUCAACAUCACGAUCGCUUCCGGCGACUCCGCUUCCUCGAAGCCGCUCUACGUGCUCUCCGUCUCGGUGCCGACGAGCGGCGACGGCGCUGUGCACGACGAGGAACGUCCUAUUGGGGCGGAGGGAGGAAAGGGAGAGCAACAGAUGCACGAAGAACGGCCGACGGCCGAGCAAGAAACGUCGUCGUCGUCGGGGCGGAUGGCCGCCAAGAUCGCGAGGGAUCCUUCUGAGGGGAACGACGAUCGAUUGCCUCCGCCGCCGCAGCCACCUUCGUCGCCGCCGCCCCCGAUAUGGGCAGGCGGCGAGUGCGAGUGCUCUUGUCCGUGCAUGGGAUCGUCGUCGGACGAGUGGGACAACGAUUUCUCUCCCGUCGACGAGACGCCGUUGAACCUCGACGCUGGUCGGGAGGAGCAUUACGCGACGCGUAACGCGAGCGAGGAAACGGCGAGCGACGCGAGGCAGGUGGAAGGGAGGAGGAGGGAGGAGGAGGGGAGCUCGGUGAGGUCAGUGAGUUCGGAGGAGGAGGAGGAGGUAAAGGGUGAGACGAGUAGCCAGCACGAUUAUGUCUCGGGCAGCGAGGAGAAUAGCAGUACCAUUGACUGGACAACCUCGAAUUACGAGUCAGAGUCGAGCGGCGUAUCGAGCGUGUCGGGGUGUUCUGGGACAACACCCUUACCCCCAGAACCCACUAUACUGAUCCUGGAAGGUGCGAGAACAUUCCCAGCCAGAUCUUUUCCACCCGACGGCACCACGUUCGCCCAAGUGGGGCUGGGGCAGAAGCUGAGCAAAGAGAUACCGCCUUACAGCUACUGGAACAUGCAAUUCUACCAGUCGGAAGCCGCGUACGUGCGGUUCGACUAUAAUAUUCCGCGCGGGGCUAGCAUCGGUGUGUACGCGAGGAGGAACGCGCUUCCUACGCACACGCAGUACGAUCUCCUCGAGGUGUUGAGCGGUUUCAAGGCCAGAACGACAAGGGCGUCCCAUGUUAGUGUCAUUCCGUCGAUCAAGAAGGAAGUGACGCACUACAUGGAGCCUGGCCAUUGGUUCCUUUCGUUGUACAACGACGACGGUGAUCCUCAGGAGGUGUCGUUCAUAGCCAUUAUCGCGGAGGACAUGACGCAUAAUUGUCCGAACGGGUGUAGCGGGAAGGGGGAAUGUUUGCUCGGACAUUGUCAAUGUAACCCUGGUUUCGGUGGCGAGGACUGCAGCGAGAGCGUGUGCCCCGUCCUCUGCAGCCAACGUGGCGAGUACAUAAACGGGGAAUGCCAAUGCAAUCCCGGUUGGAAGGGGAAGGAGUGUUCCCUCCGACACGACGAAUGCGAAGUGCCUGAUUGCAACGGGCACGGGCAUUGCACGAAUGGAAAGUGCAAUUGCGUGCGUGGGUACAAGGGGAAGUAUUGCGAGGAGGUGGACUGCCCCCAUCCGACUUGUUCCGGCCACGGUUUCUGCGCGGAGGGCACCUGCAUAUGCAAGAAGGGCUGGAAGGGAGCUGAUUGCAGCCAAAUGGACAAGGAGGCGUUGCAGUGUCUGCCCGACUGCAGCGGCCACGGCAACUUUGAUCUUGAAACUCAGACCUGCCUCUGCGAGCCCAUGUGGUCUGGCGACGACUGCUCGAAAGAGCUGUGCGAUUUGGAUUGCGGUCCCCACGGGCAUUGCGUGGACAACGCCUGCGACUGUUUGCCCGGAUGGUCGGGCGAGCUGUGCAAUUUGAAGCAGUGCGAUCCGCGGUGCAACGAACACGGCCAAUGUAAGAACGGUACCUGCUUGUGCGUGACCGGUUGGAACGGGAAACACUGCACCAUGGAAGGUUGCCCGAAUUCCUGUUCCGGGCACGGCCAAUGCAGAGUCAGCAACGACGGCCAGUGGGAGUGCAGGUGUUACGACGGUUGGGACGGCAAAGAUUGCAACGUGCUCCUCGAGCAGAACUGCAACGACGGGAGAGACAACGACAAAGACGGUCUCAUCGAUUGCGCGGAUCCGGAAUGUUGCUCGAAUCAUAUAUGCCGUAGCAGCCAGCUUUGCGUGUCAGCGCCGAAGCCGAUCGAUAUACUUCUGCGAAAGCAGCCGCCGGCCAUCACCGCCUCCUUCUUCGAAAGGAUGAAAUUUUUAAUCGACGAGGGUAGCCUGCAGAACUACGCUCGCCAGGAGACCUUCAACGAGAGUAUGUUCUGGAAUCACUUCAACACAAGCCGAUCGGCCGUUGUCCGCGGUCGCGUUGUCACGCAUCUUGGCACCGGCCUGAUGGGGGUGCGAGUCAGCACCAGCACACCCCUGGAAGGCUUCACCCUGACGAGAGACGACGGCUGGUUCGAUCUCCUGGUGAACGGCGGUGGUGCGGUCACUCUGCAGUUCGGCAGGUCCCCCUUCAAGCCGCAGAGCCACAUAGUUUUCGUCCCGUGGAACGAGGUUGUAAUCAUCGACAAAAUCGUGAUGAGCACCGCGGAGGAAAAGCAACCGAGCCACGUGCCGCACGCCUGCGCUGCUCACGAUUACGACCUGAUGAAGCCUGUGGUGCUUGCUACGUGGAAGCACGGUUUCCAAGGCGCCUGCCCGGACAAGAGCGCGAUUCUGGCCGAGUCCCAAGUCAUACAGGAAAGCCUGCAAAUACCCGGCACGGGGUUGAAUCUCGUUUACCACAGCUCCAGAGCGGCCGGCUAUCUGUCCACGAUACAAUUGCAAUUGACGCCUGAAGCGAUACCGCCCACCCUGAACCUGAUCCAUUUGAGAAUCACGAUCGAGGGUAUCCUGUUCGAGAAGACGUUCGAGGCGGAUCCGGUGAUAAAAUUCACGUACGCUUGGAACCGAUUGAACGUCUACAGGCAACGCGUGUACGGUGUGACCACGGCAAUGGUGAAGGUCGGAUACGAGUACAACGACUGCAAGGACGUCAUCUGGGACGUGCAGACGACCAAGCUCAGCGGUCACGAUAUGUCCAUAUCCGAGGUUGGCGGAUGGAACCUGGACAUUCAUCAUAGAUACAACUUCCACGAGGGUAUACUGCAGAAAGGGGACGGUUCGAAUAUCUAUCUGAAGCAGAAACCAAGGGUUAUCCUGACCACUAUGGGAGACGGGCAUCAGAGGCCGUUGGACUGUUACGAUUGCGACGGGCAAGCCUCGAAGCAACGACUUCUUGCGCCCGUAGCUCUGGCCACUGCUCCCGAUGGUUCCAUUUUCGUCGGUGAUUUUAAUCUCGUGAGAAAGAUCCUCGUCGACGGGACCGUGAGGACCGUGGUCAGACUCAACGCGACGAGAGUCUCUUACCGUUAUCACAUAGCUCUAAGUCCAUUGGACGGUUCCCUCUACAUCUCUGACCCGGAAUCCCACCAAAUUAUCCGAGUCCGCGACACCAACGAUUACACGGACCCCGACCACAACUGGGAGACGGUGGUCGGAUCUGGAGAACGUUGUCUUCCCGGGGACGAAGCCCAUUGCGGCGACGGUGCUCUGGCCAGGGACGCGAAGCUCGCCUAUCCCAAAGGAGUGGCCGUUUCCGCGGACAACGUGCUGUAUUUCGCGGACGGGACCAACAUCAGAAUGGUAGACAGGGAUGGCAUCAUCACCACGGUGAUCGGGAAUCACAUGCACAAGUCUCACUGGAAGCCCAUCCCUUGCGAGGGUACGUUGAACGUGGAGGAGGUCCACCUUCGUUGGCCCACCGAAUUGGCCAUCAAUCCUCUGGACAACUCGUUGCACAUGAUCGACGAUCACAUGGUGCUCCAACUGGCGCCGGACGGCCGCGUCAAGGUUGUGGCUGGCCGCCCUCUGCACUGCGCGUCCCCCUCCUCCUCGUUCGACACGGAGCUGGCCACGCACGCCACCCUCGUCAUGCCGCAGAGCAUCGCGUUCGGCCCGUCCGGGAACCUGUACAUCGCGGAGAGCGACUCUCAAAGGAUCAAUCGGGUGAGAGUGAUCGGCACAGACGGCAAGAUCUCGCCGUACGCGGGCGCCGAGUCGAAGUGCAACUGCUUGGAACGCGGCUGCGACUGCUUCGAGGCCGACCACUACCUCGCGUCCACGUCCAAGUUCAACACGAUAUCGGCGGUGGCCGUGUCGCCGGACGGCGUCGUUCACAUUGGCGACCAAGCGAACUACAGGAUACGAUCCGUGAUGGCGAGCAUCCCCGACGCGAGCGGCGCCAGGGAAUACGAGAUCUACUCGCCGGAUACCCAAGAGAUCUACGUGUUCAACAGAUUCGGCCAACACGUUGCCACGAAAAACAUUCUGACAGGCGAGUCCGUUUAUCAGUUCACGUACAACGUGAACACGAGCAACGGGAAACUCAGCACGGUGACGGACGCGGCUGGCAACAAAGUGUUCCUGUUGAGGGAUUACAGCAGCCAGGUGAACUCGAUCGAGAACACGAAGGGGCAGAAGUGCAGGCUCAGGAUGUCGAGGAUGAAGAUGUUGCACGAGCUCAGCACGCCGGAUAAUUACAACGUGACGUUCGAUUAUCACGGGCCGACCGGUUUGCUGAAAACGAAAUUGGACAGCACGGGGAGAAGCUACGUGUACAAUUACGACGAAUUCGGCAGGCUGACCACCGCCGUCACCCCGACGGGGAAGGUGAUCAGUCUCACCUUCGACCUGAGUUUGAAAGGUGCUGUGGUGAAGGUGGGGCAGAACAACAGAAAGCCCAUCUCGAUGCUGAUCAAGGGGUCGUCCGUUGUGACGAGAAUCGGGGAGGCCGAGCAGAGGACGACCGUGCUCCCGGACGGUUCCGUGGGCCAGGUGACGCCGUGGGCCCACACGGUCAGCACCGAUACCUUGCCGUACUCCGUGUUGGCCGAAAUCGAGCCCCUGUUGGGCGAGAGUUAUCCGGUGCCUGCUAAACAGAAAACGGAGAUCGCCGGAGACUUGGCGAAUAGAUUCGAGUGGCGAUACUUCUUGCGCAAACUUCAAGGCAACAAGAACAGGGGUAAUUCGAAAUCCGUGGCGCAAGUUGGUAGAAAGCUUCGAGUCAACGGAGAUGUUCUCCUGUCUCUGGAGUACGACAGGGAGACCAAUAGCGUGGCAGUGUUCAUGGAGGAUAUAGAGUUUCUGAACGUGACUUACGACAAGACGGCAAGACCGGUUAAAUGGGGGCCGAGAAAUGGCAUCUUCUCGGGCGUAGAACUCGAGUACGAUCGGUUCAGCAGAUUGACCAGUUGGACUUGGGGAGACAUCGGCGAAACUUACGGUUUCGACCGGGCCGGGAGAUUGUACGAGAUCAAGUACAGCGACGGCACGUCCAUGGUGUACGCGUUCAAGGACAUGUUCAGUAGCCUCCCGUUGAAGGUGACCACGCCAAGAGGGAGCGAUUAUUUGUUGCAAUACGACGAGGCAGGGGCGUUGCAAUCGUUGACCACUCCGAGGGGACACAUUCACGCGUUCUCGUUACAGACGUCUCUAGGAUUCUACAAAUAUCAGUAUUACUCGCCGAUGAACAGACACCCGUACGAAAUUUUGUACAACGACGACGGACAGAUCUUAGCCAAGGUGUAUCCUCAUCAAAGUGGCAAGGUUGCUUACGUUUAUGAUCAUACCGGAAAACUGGAGACCACUCUUGCUGGGCUAUCCUCGAUACACUACACCUAUCAGGAAACCACGAGUCUGGUGCACAGCAUCGACAUCAACGAACCAAAUUUCGAGAUGCGUAUCGAGUACAAAUAUCACGCAGGGAUCGUGAAAGACGAGAAGAUCAAAUUCGGCAGUAAGAGCGGUUUGGAUAACGCGCGUUACCGCUACCAAUACGACGGCAACGCCCGAAUAUCGGGCAUCGAGGUUGAUAUCAACGGCAAACAGCUUCCCCAAUUGCGAUUGAAGUACAAUCAAAACCUCGGCAUAUUGGAAGGCGUGGGGGAUCUGAGAAUAUACAGAAAUCUGUUCAACAGAUCCGUGAUGCAGGAUAGUAGCAAACAGUUCUUCACCGUCACCGAUUACGACGAGCAUGGCCGCGUGAAGGCAGUUUUAAUGAACAUUCGAUCGUUGGACGUGUUCCGCAUGGAACUCGAAUAUGACAAUCGAAAUCGUAUAAAGAUGAGGAAACUCUCUAUCGGAAAAGAUGCCAUGGAGAAGAAGGAAUGGACCAAGAUGGAAAAGAUAACGUACAAUGCCGACGGGCACGUGUUGGAAGUUGCAGACACGGAAAAUAAUUGGCAAUACGCGUACGACGAAAAUGGUAAUGUGAUAGGCGUCACGGAACACAAUGAAAAAAUCGCAUUGGGAUACGAUAGCGGGGAUCGUGUUGUUCAAUACGGCGAUGUCGAGUUUAAUUCGUACGACGGACGGGGCUUCGUCGUUAUUCGUGGAGAGCACAAGUACAGAUACAACUCACGCGGCCAGUUGAUUCACGCAUCGGAGCACAAGAAAUUCCAGAUAUGGUAUUUCUAUGAUGAUCGCGGUCGAUUAGUAGCUUGGAAUGAUGACCGCGAGAACAUUACGCAAUUUUUCUACGCGAACCCGAAGACGCCGGAUCUGAUCACGCACAUUCACUUCCCGAAAUCCUCGAAAACGUUCCGAUUCCUCUACGAUUCCCGCAACUUCCUCAUGACGGUAGAGACGUCCGAGCAAAGGUUCUACGUGGCGACUGAUCAAAAUGGCUCCCCACUGGCGCUGUUCGACACCAAUGGAAAUCUGAUCAAGGAGAUGAGACGUACACCGUUUGGAAGGAUAAUCAAAGACACGAAUCCAGAUUUCUAUCUACCGAUCGAUUUCCACGGCGGCCUUCUCGACCCGAAUACAAAAUUAGUCUAUUUGAACAAGAGACUGUACGAUCCGACCGUUGGACAAUGGAUGACACCCGCUUGGGAACAAAUGGCGAACGAGCUGACCACCCCAACGGACAUUUUCAUCUAUCGUUUCCGUAACAACGAUCCCAUCAAUUUUAAACAAAACGUGGAAUACAUGACCGAUCUGAGCAGCUGGUUGAAACUUUAUGGCUACGAUAUUUCCGCCAUGUUAGGUUCCGAAUACAUGAAACAAAUGGUGUACCAACCGAGCGCUACGGUCACGUCGCCGCAAUUGACGCCUGACUUUGGUGUUAUGUCGGGUUUGCAGUGCAUCGUCAACCGCGUACACGAAAAAUUCUCCGACUUGGGAUUCGUGCCGAAACCGUUGCUCAAAUUGGAGCCAAAGACGAGAAACCUUCUCCCUCGCGUAGCCCAUCGUCGCGCUGUAUUCGGUGAAGGUAUACUGGUGUCUCGCGUCGGUGGACGAGCUCUCGUUAGUGUGGUAGAUGGAGUGAACAGUGUGGUCCAGGACGUGGUGACAUCUGUGUUCAACAACUCGUACUUCCUGCCGUUACAUUUUAGCGUCCAUGACCAGGAUGUGUUCUACUUUGUAAAGGACAACGCGUUGAAGAUUCGUGACGAUAUGGAAGAACUUCGUCGUCUGGGAGGGAUGUUCAACGUUUCCACGCACGAAACCACGGAACAUGGGUCCGGUACUUGGAAAGAAUUGAGGUUGCACAAUCCGGACGCAGCCGUCGUGAUCAAAUACGGAGCUGAUCCUGAACAAGAAAGGCACAGGAUAUUGAAACACGCUCACAAAAGGGCGGUGGAAAGAGCCUGGGAGAUCGAGAAGCAGCUCGUAAUGGCCGGUUUCCAAGGCAGAGGUGAUUGGUCGAAGGAGGAGAAGGAUGAACUGAUUAGUCGAGGGACGGUGAGCGGUUACGAGGGUGUCGAUAUUCACAGUGUGCACAGAUAUCCACAAUUGGCCGAUGAUCCUGGCAACGUAGCGUUCACAAGAGAUACGAAAAGGAAACGGCGGAAGAGUGGGAACAGGCGUAAUAGGAUUCACAGGCACGACUCGUGAUUCGAGGAUGUGACGCGGGAUCGUAACGCUAUUUGGGACUUGAUUCGUGCACCUACGUGAAUCGCGCGCCGCGGACAAAUAUAUAACCGAAAGAACAAUGAAGAGAGACAAGACUAACGUUCGUUCCAUCGAUUAUAAAAAGAAAAAAAAGGAAAGGUAUUUCGUCGAGAUAGCGUAUACGUGCCGUCUAACCUAACUUUUCUCCCCGAUCGUUCUCUCUGUUCUCUUACUGCGCACUCGUGAUCAAGAUGGUGGACAAGAAUGGAAAAUAAUAGAAACGUAUUCUUUCGAUCAAGAAUAAAUGUGGUGAUGCUGUCCGGUUUUUUUUAUUUUGUGUGUAGCAAAAUAUCCCGCUCGGUGUGCCAUAAUAGCGUUGCUUGUGAUUCAAUCGUGUUCAUAAUUUUUUUAUCGACAGCACGAUCGAAAAUGUUUGUUCGACGAUAGUAUAUAUAUAUAUAUAUAUAUAUAUGUAUGUAUAUAUAUAUAUAUAUACGUUCGUGGAAAAAUCGUGGUCAAGAAGAUUGAGCUAGUCACGAGAAAAAAGAAAAAGCUUGUUAUGUGGUGAUUAGUUUAUAUUAAUAAUCAAAGAAAAUGAUACUUAUUCGCAAUCGACGACGUGUCAAGAAGACAUUGAAGUAAGUGCAUGAACGUUCAUGAAGGUGCCGUCCGUGAAUAAUGAAAUUUGAGAUAAAAAAAAAGAAAGAACAUAAUAAUACAUAGAGAUAAAGAGGAAGAAAAAUAAGAGUGCGUGAAAGAGAGAGAGAGAGAGAGAGAGAGGAGAGAAGAUACUCCUGUUCUUUCGAGAAUGAUCGAUCGAUCCGGAGGUAUGGUGGUGUAUUUCAUGCAACAGGGUCUAACGAGACGUGCACGUAGACACGAACGGGACGCUUCGACACCGACGUAUCCGGAGCGUUUUCGUUCUUCUGUAGAGAGAGAGGGAUUAUAUUUAUGCAGACUAUGAUACUUUCGCCUAUAAAAUAUCGUCGCGGAACAUGCGAACGAACGAACGAACGAAAUAAGAUGAUUAAUGCAAAAGAAACAAAAGAAAAAAGAAAAAGAUACGUCGACACAAAUAUACAACAGAUAUUUUUAACAUGACGCAAGUGGUGUGCUAGUGCGAGAUGUGCGAUUGUAAAUAUAGCUACUAUCGUAAUGUGUAGAUAAAAUAUAUAAUAUAUAUAUAUAUAUAUGUAUAUAUAAAUAUACAUAUACAUAGACGUAUAUGUGUAUGUAUAUAUAGAUAUACGUACGAUUAAAACCGGUAAACUUUAAAUGGAAAACUGUCGAUAAUGCUUUUAUAUAUGUAUACUUAUAUACAUGACACGCGAAAUGGUGUGUGUGUAUGUACUGAACACGCGACAUACACACAUAUACGGAACAUACACGCGAGACACCUAUACUCACUACAUACAUACAUAGAAAAAAAAGAUGCAUAGAUACAAAUUGGAUCGAGCAAAUACUUUUUUUUCUUUUUUAAGAAAAAUUUGAGAUUAAUCGAGGUAAUUUUUCUUUAAGAAGAAAAGUAUAUCGAAUUGAAAUUGGAUUGAUCAGAUUUAUAUUACGCGAUCCACGCAAAAAAGAUUACGUAUCCGCCUGGAAGGAUCGGUAAAAAAAAAAAUAAACAAAUAAUCGCAUUCGAUUUUUUUUUAGAUCGAAAAAUAAAACAAAAUUGGAAUCUAUCGUUAAAAAUGAGAAAAGGGGGGGGGGAGGGAACGCGAUGUAAAUAGAUUUGUUAGAUACGAAAGGACAUUUACGUGUCGUACUGAAGCCUAUGAUAAUUCGGCGUGGAAAUUCGUUACCGUGUAUUUUAUGCCUCGUGUCAGUAUACCUCGCGUGAUCCUGGUAGCAAUGACAACGUGAUGUAACGGGACGAGCAAUAGAUGAGCAAAAAGAAAAAAAAUGUCAUGACGAAAUCCGUCAAAAUAAUGUCCAGGUGGAAUAAUAAUAAUAAUAAUAUAAUAACGAUAAUGAUAAUAAUAAUAAAUAAUAAAUAAUAAUAGUAAUAAUAAUAACAAUAAUAUUAACGAUAACGAUAUAAGUAAUAAUAAUAAUAAUAAUAACAUAAUAAUAAUGAUAGUAAUAAUGAUAUGAUAAUACUAAUACUGGUAAUAGUAAUAACUAAUAAAAGAAAUAAUAUUAAUACGAUAUAAUAUAAUAUAUACUAUUGUACGGAAAUACCCCGCCUAUCUUUCUACUAAAAAUGAAAAAUUAUUUUUUGAAUUGUGUCGUCAAAGAUAAUGUCCUAUGUAAACCGUGUGUCUGUGGGAUCGUCCCGUGGAAAUCAACCCUCAUGCGCCUCAUCGAGAAUAAUGAAGAGAGAACGUCUUUAAGAAAAAAAAAAGAAUCUCCUCUCUUAUUAUAAGAGUAUAAAAAUUCAUCGGUGUUUAUCGGUAUUCGAGUGAAUGAAGUAGAAUUGAAGAGAGAAAAAAAGAGGUAUAAAAAAAUUUAGAAAUCGAGCUCUUAUGGUUUUGGUACGAGAUAAAAAAUAUAAAGGGGAGGAGAGGAGAAGAGAGAGUAAUAAAAAAAAUUGACAUAGAAAGUAAAACGAGAGAGUGAUGAGACGAUGCGAUAUAAUACGUACGUAUAAAUAAAACGUAAAAUAGAGAAAUAGCGAGCCAACGUGCGAGCCACGUCGCUCGAGCCACGUUGUGUUCCAGGUUAGUUGUACGGAUGAAUUUAAAGCAGAAAAAAAAAAAAAAAAAAAACAUACAUAAUCAUAAUUAA